AUGGAGCAGCAAAAGGAUCAAAACAGCCAGGAUUCGAGCGAGGGAGAGAGCGUUUCCCUUUCCCCGAAUAUGCCGUCUCCGCCAAUUUUACCUCACCAGGCGGUGCAGCAAGCUCACAGAACAACCAACUUUUUUAUCGAUAAUAUUCUGCGGCCAGACUUCGGGUGCAAGAAGGAGAGUGGUAACAGGGAGCGUCCACAGACCGCCGGCAGGGAUAGCGUCAGUCUUCUGAGAUUAAGGCCGUCUCAUCCCACGAUAUUAUGCCAGGAUUCAAACGGCAGCAGUGACAGCACUUCUUCCUCGUCCUCCGCUUCAUCUUCGCCAUCCUCCAAGCAGAGCUCGGCGACACCAGAGCAAGGGAAUGGAGCUAACACGACAAAAUACGACGAGGGCACUACGUCGAUCGUAGUCGUAAAUAAAACCGGAGCUGGUAAAAUUAAAGAAGCGCAGCCGCUGCUAUGGCCUGCCUGGGUUUACUGCACCAGAUAUUCAGACAGACCAUCAUCUGGCCCAAGAACACGAAAGCUGAAAAAGAAAAAAGACGAGAAAGAAGACAAGCGCCCGAGAACCGCGUUUACGGCCGAACAGCUGCAGAGACUUAAAGGCGAGUUUCAGGCCAAUCGCUAUAUCACGGAGCAGAGGAGACAGACACUGGCCCAGGAACUCAACCUCAACGAAUCGCAAAUAAAAAUAUGGUUUCAAAAUAAGAGGGCGAAAAUAAAGAAGGCCAACGGCAUGAAGAACGCCUUAGCCAUGCAGCUCAUGGCCCAAGGACUAUAUAACCAUUCCACCACCACCGUUCAGGAAGACAAGGAGGACAGCGAGUGA